AAAAAAGUAUCAAAUAUUAAAAGAGGCUGCAGCCUGCUAAUUAAACACCAGGGCUUUUAAAUCUGUAUUACUGUGCAUGACAGUACAGAGGAGUAGAAUUCGUAUUGGCUGCACUGUAACAUAAUUAUUCCUAUGAUUAAUUAUUUGUACUUCAGUAGCUUGUGGAGCCCCCACGAAAACCAGAACUCAUUAGGGCAGGUGCUGCACAAACGUAAUGUGGGUCUCUGCCCCAGUGCAUGUGCAGUCAAGAUAGCAGGACAGCCAGAAAGAAGCAAAAUAAGUUUUCCUUUUAUUGAUGGAGUUCUCAGAGUGGAGACUAAAACUACAGCCAAAGGACAGAGCGGAUGCAGGGGUCAUCCUCUAUGGAUAUGGGAUCUUAUGGGUUAUAGAUAGUCUCUGGAGUAUCCUAGGACAAACAGCUUCAGGAGGAGAGAUGGGACUGGGUUUAUGCCACCCAUCCAACUUGCUGCUUGGAAUACUUCCCAGGGUGAUGGGAGGUGUGGGCUUGAGCCUCUCAAGAUUUGAGAGGCUGUCUUAAUCAGUAAGUUUGAAGAACGUGUGUCGUUGGUGUGUCCUCUUGCAGAUGUGCUUUCUUCAGGGAAAGCUUGUAGGAGCCCACCUCGAUGUGUCAGUUCUGGGCAGCAGAGCACAUAAAGCCAUUUCUGAGCACCAGGUAGUGGGGACCCAGAGACACACAUCCACAGCCUUUGGGUAGCUCUCCAUGGCAUUCCUCCCCAUAUCUCGGUUUGAUGUUUCCUGCUCAGGUUUUAGGCUGAGAAUGGCCCAAAACAGCUCCCUGAACAAUCUCCUGGAACUACCCAGCAGACCAUACCUUGUUCGAAGCUUGGAGUGACUGAAAAUGCGCAUCAUGUAGUCAGUCUUUGGGCUUGUAAAUCCUCUUUUUUAUCCAAAGACAGGCAGUAAAUCCAUGUCAGAGAAAUUAGCUCCCCAUCUUCCCCUGUUGCUCAGCUGAUGCUGAGUUCAUUCCAGCCUCAAAAGCCAGAGGAAAGCUGUCUUUUUAACAAAUUUAUACCCUGGGCAAGCUUGAGAGGAGCUACCUCUGGCAGGGUUGCCAUGUUAGGCUCUUUCUGCAGGUGCCCCAAAUUGUGCCCACAUCGCGCUCAGGAUUUCCAGCUGCUGUGGUGAUUGAUCUCCUGUCCUUAGCAUGUUGUGCCACUGAAUUGUUCUAGUCCUCACUGUCAAGGAAACCAGCACUUUUGUCUAAUUUCCUAGGCACAAGGUGACAUAAAAGCAAAGAAGAGCGGAAAAUAAAGUUCUUACUUUCAACCUGUGUUUUUUUUAACCUCUGCGUAAUUCAGACUUUAGUGGGAUAACUCCUAAUUUGCUCUAGGUACGAGGCAGAACAUUCAUAUGCUGAAUCAUUCAGCUGCUCAUAAAAUGUUGCCUGGUUCCCUUCUGUCCUUUCCCCUCCCUCCCCUCCUACUCCACGCUAUAGUUACUGUUUUGAAAAAAGCUGGAAAAUCUUUGGAAACAGCACCAUCCUUAAUAUAGCCAGGCUCACGUCUGAACCUGACUGAGUUUUUCUGAGUCCCUGUCCUUAUGGAAAUAAGUUUUGGUUUAGAAAUCAUCAUAGAUGGGUCCAGUGAUGCUAAAAUUGGCCCAUACCAAAAAAUUAUGCCUCCACAGAAUUAAUUAUGGAGUUACUGUAGGGCGGAGUUUUGUCCUUGAGCCCUUGCAGUUGCUGCUGAAGGUACAAAGAGUAUCAGAGAUAUAAUCAGUAAAGGUGAAAUGCUAAUGUUUCAGCCUCAUGGAUUAGUUUCUGAAGCUCAAUUUGGUCUUGUAAGCCACCCUGGCCCACAGGGAAGAAGGGAGUGGCUGCCUCAGCAUCGCUGAUACUAUACUUUUGAUUUGGCUCUGUUUGAAAUUUACCCUACCACAGAGCUGCCUCUUUCUUCUGAGAACACAGACGUUGUCUAAAUGAAGAAGAGAAAAUUAAUUCAGAGUUCGAUAGGCUUCAGCACUUCUCAGCGUUGAAGAUGAAGGCUGAUGCAGGGCCAGCACCUAAGGUCUUUGGAUAUGGCUCAAGAUCCAAAAAGGGCUACAGCACCCAACUCAUGAAUCCCACUGUUGCAAUACCCUGUGAAAGUCAGCCCAGGCUACAGACAGGAGUUUCACUGCUGCCCUACCCCUAUCAUAGCAAAUCCCAAGCCUCCUGGAAAUCAUGGAGCUUUCCCUCAUGGCCUUAGGAGGGACACCAGCCGACAGUGAUGCCAACAGAAACAGGAGAAUUGUGUGAUGUCACAUCCUGGUUGCCCUGGCAGAGAGAUGUGUUGCCUUUGGCGAGAACAUGGCGUGGGGAAAAGGCAUCUACAGAAGCAUCACUGCCUUGAAUGUUGUUGAAGACCGCUGCUCCAAGACUGGGAUUGAAACGCUGCUCCUCAUCCUCUUUUGUUUAACUUCUCUGAUCAGCGGCAUUGAUGCAGAUUGCGGCCUCCGACCAUCUUACGAGUCCUUUCUGGAGACGGGCAAGAGGAUCACAGCGGGGAGGUACGCCGAGGUUGGGGAGUUCCCGUGGCACGUGAGCAUCCAGGGCAACGGGAGACAUAUCUGCGGAGGGACCAUGAUCAGCGCAUUGUGGAUUUUAACUGCGGCCCAUUGCUUUGCAGAAGAAGUGCCACCAGAUCUCACUGUUGUAGUGGGGGGAAUUGACCUCAACCUCCCGCUGGAAGAACAUAAGCCGGACAGCUUGAUCAUCCAUGAAAACUUUGACAGAAUAAGCAUGGAAAAUGAUAUUGCUCUGAUCCUGCUCAGCUCUCCCAUUGAGUUCAGCAAUCAGAAAAUCCCCAUCUGCUUGCCCUUCAUAGAUAACGUUGAUACGUGGCAACACUGCUGGGUUUCUGGGUGGGGAACCCCACCCGCAGCAGCUGGGGUGCCAUCAUCCCCUGUGCUGCAGAAAGCACGGAUGAAGCUCAUCAGCAGGGAGCAGUGCUUGGAGCGGAUCCCACAUCUAGAGGAUAACCUGUUCUGUGCUGAGCUGGAGAAAGGAGGAGGCGGCGCCUGCCAGGUGGACAGCGGGGGACCUCUGGUUUGCAGCUACUGGCACACCAUGAAGUGGUUUCAGAUCGGCAUCGUCAGUUGGGGAGAAGAUUGUGCAGAAAAGCCAAACCAUGAGAUCCUAUUGUCUGUUUACAGCUACCGUAGCUGGAUUGAGACUGAGACAGCCUUAAGGGGGAAACCUUUUUUAAUUGAAGGCAUGGAUAAACUUCCAAAUUCUGGGGUGUUUUUUUCCAGGGCUGAGAAACAGCUGGUAUUUCUUGAGUAUCGUCUCCUUUUAUUUAUCUCUUUAAUAGCAGUUAGAUUACUUUAGAGAAGAUUUUUCAAAACAUAAUAAAAGUCAGAACUACUGUCUCAUUCUUCUUCUUCUGCUGAGCCAUAUAAUCCUGUCUUAGGUCGACCUGCUCCAUCUCACUGAUGUGGACACAGAUGCCAAAAUGAGAUGCCACAGUAAGACAGGGGAGAGAUGGAAGCGAUGGAGAGAUGAAAUUAGAGAGCCAGGACAGACAAGAAAGGCUAUAAUCUUCCAAAAAACACAGAUUUUCCACAUUGGUGGGUCACGUCAGAACUAUAUUUUUGCUAAACUCACAUGUAAAGUCAAGAUGUGGUAUCUGAAGCAGCUUCUCCCCUUGGAAAGCUGAAACCCUAAGAAAGGUCUUGGCUUACUCAGUUGCAUAUUGGCUUAGCUGUUUGUAGGGUAGCUCUGGGUUAAUGUAUCUUACAGCUAAUUAUUAGCUGGACUAAUGUAUCUUCUGUAUUGCAGCAGGACAUGACUACAUGUCGUAUUUGGUAUCUCCUUAAACUAGAGAAAGGGCAAGAAAUCUUUGGAGCAGAGAUGGAAGGUGUAGCAUCAUAUAACUAAACAGUCUUAUUUACCUGGAUUGCAAAUGCUGAGUUUUGGUUGUUUAAAGGAAUAGAGAAAAAUCUGCCUGGCUGAAGAGAGCUGUUUCUGAGCUAUCAUUAAAUUCUGUCUAUAGAAAUCCCCUGGUUUUGUGAUUAGACAAAACUAAUCCCUUGUAAGAAAAUGGAGAAUCAAAAGGAAAUAGGUUUUUUUUUUUUCUUUUUCUUUUUU